AUGCCUGGUCCUCGUGGUGGUUCUUUUAGAGGAGCUCGAGGCCGCGGUGGUCGUGGCCGUGGCCGUGGUCGCGGAGCUCAUGGGGGUCGUGGUCGUGGUGGUCGCAACUCCUUUGCUACUUCCCGACUGAACGAGUCUGAGUCAGAUGAUUCUUCUAGCGGAGAAGAUGAUGCUAGCGAGCAAUCCCAAGAGGAACUGGGUGAUGAUUCCCUUAUGGACGAGGGUUCGUCCAGCAGCGACGAAGAAGAAGAGAACACCGAACGCCCAUAUAACGAACUCCUUCAGCUACUUCACACCAAUGAAUCCAAUGAGUCCAAUGGGCCAGCUCGGAAGAAGCGCAGGAUUGUCUUCGACUCGAAUGAGGAAAUACAAAUAGCAAGUACUGCGCAGGAACCGGAGCAGGGCGAUGACGAUUUAGAAGCUCAAGCGCCCUCCGACGACGAAGAAGAGGAGGCAGACGAGGAUGAGGACCCAACUGCUGCUUUCGAAAAGCACUUCAAUCUCCCCCAGAGUGCCGACCUAACCAAGCAGAUCGAGAUCAUUCAGUCGAACCAAUGGGCAUCCACUAAGAAAGAGAUCGAUGGGCUGCGGCUAGUACAUUCUAUUCCCGACACUGGAGCCAACAACGCAUCAUUCCUUCCACCAAUGAAGAGCACAGCCAACAUUAAGCUUAAACAAAAAUUGAAAUCUCGUGCGGCUGACAUCCUACCUAAAAUCACCGGCCAAGCCCAGACGAUUGCGCCAUAUGUGUUCGACUACCAAGAUGUUCUCUAUGGUGCCCGAUCUGUUUCGAACGCAAACGAGAUGCGUGACAUUAUGGCGCUGCACGCCGUCAACCAUCUUCUGAAGACCCGAGACCAGGUCCUGAAGAACAAUGCCCGUCUAGCCAAGGACCCGGACACCGACAUCGAGUGCCGUGACCAGGGAUUCACUCGACCCAAGGUGCUUUAUAUUUUGCCGACCCGACAGGCGUGUGUGAAGGUUCUCGAUGCAAUCACUCGAAUUUAUCAGCCUGAGCAGCAAGAAAACAAAAAGCGCUUCACCGACUCCUUCUCGGCGCCAGAAGACGAUGCGUGGGAGCACAAGACUGAAGAUUUUCGGGAGCUUUUUGGUGGCAAUGACGACGACAUGUUCCGACUAGGUCUCAAAUUCACUCGCAAGACGGUCAAAUAUUUCGCGCAAUUCUACAGCUCCGACAUCAUUCUGGCUAGUCCUCUUGGUCUGCGAACGAUCAUGGACCAAUCUGACGCCAAGAAACGCGAUCAUGACUUCCUCUCCUCGAUUGAGGUGGUGAUUGUCGACCACGCCGACGCCCUGCUCAUGCAAAACUGGGACCACAUGGACUUCAUCUUCCAGCACCUAAACUUGCAACCGAAAGAAGCGCACGGCUGCGACUUCGGCCGCGUCCGCAACUGGUAUCUGGACAAUCAAGCCCGCCACGUUCGACAAACUGUCGUGCUGUCAUCAUGCAUCACCCCGGAGAUCAACGCCCUCUUCUCAUCUCAAAUGCAGAACGCCUCCGGCCGCCUUAAAGCCACCCCAACCUACGCCGGCGCCAUCACCGAGCUGCCGCUCCCAGUCUCCGUCAAGCAGACCUUCACUCGCAUCGACAGUCUGUCGCCUAUUAAAGACCCCGACGCGCGCUUCAAGCACUUCAUCACAACCAUCUUGUCCACAUUGGUGAAGAACAUCACCCACGGCCGCGGCAAGGGCGGCGCUGGCACUCUCAUCUUCAUCCCUUCUUACCUCGACUUCGUCCGCGUGCGUAACCACUUCGCCACCUCCAUGCAGACAACAAACGUGUCCUUCGGCGCGAUCUCUGAGUACACCGAGCCAAAGGAGGCCAACCGUGCCCGCAGUCAUUUCGUGUCCGGCCGCCACUCCGUGUUGCUCUAUACCGAGCGUGCGCACCACUUCCGUCGUUACCAGGUCCGCGGCGUCAAGCGUGUGGUCAUGUACGGACUUCCAGAUAAUGCGUUGUUCUACAGUGAGAUUGUUGGAUUCCUUGGUCUUGAUCCAGCAGCAUUGAUUGAGGCAGCUGAAGGUGGUGUGCGUGCGCUGUUCUCCAAGUGGGAUGCGCUGAAGUUGGAACGCAUUGUUGGCACGUCUCGUAUUGGAAACAUGCUACGUGAGAAGGGAGGUGAUACUUUUACUUUUGUAUAA